AUGCCUCCCUCGAUCGUGCAUCAUUCCCCGGCGCCUAUUCUGCAGCCUGCUCCGCUGCUCGAACUCAAUUCUAGUCUACUGUCAGACGACGCUGACUCCACAUCAAACUCCUCAGCCUCCGUGAUGCAGUGCCCAUGUUGCGCCUCGCCCGAUAUUCCAGACCUAGCCACGCUGGCCGAGACCAUUCCAGGCCAGGAACUCAGCAUGUCCACCUCGCUUGAAGACCAGUUCCUGAACUCAUUGAUGAUCCAGUUAGGGACCGAAUUCACCGCUGAAGUGGAAGCAACCGUACCCCAAGACUGGCUGGCCACAGAGAACUGGUCGUUGAUCAACGUGCUUUGCCACCGGGUUUUCGCCGCCUUCCGAAACCAGGCAGCCAUUCGAAAUUUCGAUGUAUACUACUAUGGAGGCUUCGGCCCUGAGACACCGUGACUGCUAUUUCUCGAAUGGUAGUGCGGGGACGAUUGACGUGGCUGGAGGCAACGGUGACCCGA